GGGGCGGGGCCUCAGACGCACGCUCCUCCCAGGCGUCCCUCCCGCGCUCAGCCGCGCGCCGGCCGCCCGCGCGCCGGCCGCCCGUUGCCCUGGCAACCGUCGUGCCGCGUCUUCUGAGGGAGCUCCUGUCAGCCUGCUGAUCCCACCACCCGCUCCCUACUGCCCCGCGGUUUUCGCGUGGGCUCGGAGACUGAGGGACAACAAAAAUGGCGGAGCGGAGCCAGACGGCGCCUGAGGCAGGUAAUGAUAUGGGAAAUGAUGAUGCCAUCGGAGGGAAUGUGAGCAAAUAUAUAGUGCUUCCAACUGGAUACUGUGGACAGCCCAAGAAAGGACAUCUUAUCUUUGAUGCUUGCUUUGAAAGUGGUAACCUGGGCCGGGUGGACCACGUCUCUGAGUUUGAGUAUGAUCUGUUUAUUAGGCCGGACACCUGUAAUCCACGCUUCCGAGUCUGGUUCAACUUUACUGUUGAAAAUGUGAAAGAAUCACAGGUGAGGAAAAUAGUGGAUACCUUCAGAGCGGUUUUGAGGGUCAUUUUCAACAUUGUUAACUUCAGUAAAACCAAGAGUCUCUACAGAGAUGGGAUGGCCCCUAUGGUGAAAUCUACCAGUAGACCAAAAUGGCAAAGGCUGCCACCCAAAAAUGUUUACUACUACCGCUGCCCGGACCAUAGGAAGAAUUACGUGAUGUCCUUUGCCUUUUGUUUUGACCGAGAAGAAGAUAUUUACCAAUUUGCUUACUGCUACCCAUAUACAUACACUCGCUUCCAGCAUUACCUUGACAGCCUGCAAAAGAGAAACAUGGAUUAUUUCUUUCGGGAGCAGCUAGGCCAGAGUGUGCAACAGCGACAGCUUGACCUCCUGACGAUAACCAGCCCUGACAAUCUCCGGGAAGGAGCGGAGCGGAAGGUGGUAUUCAUCACAGGACGAGUCCACCCAGGGGAAACACCCUCUUCAUUUGUGUGCCAAGGGAUCAUUAACUUCCUUGUAAGCCAGCACCCAAUUGCCCGUGUCCUCCGGGAAUACUUGGUCUUCAAGAUCGCACCAAUGCUCAAUCCUGAUGGAGUCUACCUGGGCAAUUACAGGUGUUCUCUGAUGGGGUUUGAUCUGAAUCGUCACUGGCUGGAUCCCUCUCCAUGGGCCCACCCUACCCUGCAUGGGGUGAAACAACUCAUCAUCCAGAUGUACAAUGACCCAAAAACAAGCCUGGAGUUUUAUAUUGACAUCCACGCCCACUCCACCAUGAUGAAUGGCUUCAUGUAUGGCAACAUAUUUGAGGAUGAGGAACGGUUCCAGAGGCAGGCCAUUUUUCCCAAGCUCCUCUGCCAGAAUGCUGAGGACUUCUCCUAUCUCCACAGGACACCUGACUCCGUGCCAAGUCUUGUGUGGGUGAUGAAGAUAGAGUCCAGCACAUCCUUUAACCGGGAUGCUGUGAAAGCAGGAACUGGCCGUCGCUUCCUCGGUGGACUCCUGGACCACACUUCCUAUUGCUACACCCUAGAGGUCUCCUUUUACAGCUACAUCGUCAGCGGCACAACAGCUGCUGUGCCCUACACUGAAGAAGCCUAUAUGAAGCUGGGGCGGAACGUGGCAAGAACGUUUUUGGAUUAUUAUCGGCUGAACUCCAUGGUUGAAAAGGUGGCGAUUCCCAUGCCGAGACUGCGGAAAGAAAAAUCCCCUUCUUACAAGCACCCACUCCUGCGGGGCCCGGCCAGCAAAUACCCCAAUGGCAAAGGGGACAAGAAGAACUCAGUGAACCACAAAGACCCUUCAACCCCUUUUUAAAGACACAGAGUCCUGGGAGGUCCUAUGGAGACAGGAGCAUGCAUUUUCUGCUGGGGAAAGAAAUUAAUCACUCUUCUCUAGCUUCCAAGACAAGGAUUUGUGGAUUAACGCAAAGGCUAGUGAAAGGGAAGGGAUACAAUAAGAAAUUUCAUCAUUGAUUUUCCCUUUUUCCAAUGGAAAAUCAAUUGUAAGCCUUCAGCUCAAAGCUCAGGAACAAAAUAGGAGAUUGGAACCAGGUGAGCACAGAUGCUAUUUUCUACAACAUAGAGAUCUUCCAAGAUGAGGAAAACCUACACAUCCCUUUUAAGAGAUCUGACACAUAUCCGAUCAGUUCUUUCAAAGCCAUUUUAUUGUUUUAAAGUUUUAUAGUUACUGCAGAUGAUUACCUUUUAAAUAGGCUUGGUUGCUGGGUUGUUUACAGUUUUAGAAAGGCAGUGUUUGUAUUUUCUGAUCCUAAACUACAGCAACACCACAUGCUACCGAAAGGCAAAUAUAUCUUAGGAAACAAUGGGACAGAAUUUUUGAAAUCACGGUGUACUUAAAUAUAUGGUCACUGUAUCUAAACUGCAUGCUUUCGGAUUCCCUCAGACUCUAGCAUGUAAAUUUAGAAAACGGUUCAGAGAACUAUUUCCCAAUUUCCUGGGUAGUUUAAUUAAAAUUUUAGCUCCAAAGACAAAAAACACUGGUCACUCAUUUUAAAAGGUUUAUUAUGGUUAAGGUUUCCAGAUCCCAGGUGACAGGGAUUCAGCCUGGCCCCUGAAGAUGUGGGCAUUGCUAAUCUGCAAUGAGGAAAGGGUGAUUCAGGCAAGGAAGACACAAAAGACAGAAGGAUGCACCGUGAGGCAGGUAAAAAUGAUAAAAUAAAACAGUAGUAGCAAUUCCCAAAAUAUGGCACAAGCUAAAUAUUGUGCAUUUUUGUGCAAAGUAAAGUGCCUUUGUAUGAUGAAUGGGUCCAGGGGAGUCUGCUCCCUUCCUGUCUGUGGAAGCAGCAAGCUUAGUAACCAUGACAGCCUGCUAAUUAAAAUGACCUCCCGGAAAUGAGGAUUAGGAGACAGGGAGAGGCAGGGAGGCUCCAGGGAGACAAAGCCCUUAGCACAAAGCUCCACUUAAGCAUUUUUGUGUGUUUGUUUGGGUUGGAGAUUAUUGAAGUUUGCUACAAAAAUCAAAAGCAAAACUUAUCCUUUGCAUGUAAGUUUUCAGAAAUGAUAGCAAAGAGCCAUACAUUGAUUGGCCAAAAAUGUCAUGUUGUAUAUACAGCUUCUCCCCUGGGUUCAUUUUGCCCAGAGGAACACAAAUAAAGUGUUUUGUGCAA